AUGGCGAGCGCGGGAAAUCUACAGCCCAUGCCACCGUUUGACCCUAAGAUGGAUGUUAGUGCGGCAGGUCCCGAAGUGGAGGCUAUUUUUGACACGCUACCGAAUACAGGUCAAGACGAUGACUUUAAGACGGCGUGUGAAAAGCUCACUGAAUAUUUUAGUCCUUCUAAGAGUGUACCUUUCGAGGUAUAUAAAUUUCGUCAAGCUAAGCAACAUGAGACAUUAGAUGCAUAUUAUACUAGAUUAUGUACUUUGGCCAAAACAUGUGAGUUUGCAGACACAGAUACUGAACUGAAACAACAAAUAAUUGAAGGAUGUUUAUCUAACAGAUUGCGACGAAAGAUUUUGAUGGAAAAAACUUUUACCCUGUCACAAAUAUUAGAUUAUUGAAGAGCAUUAGCUCGUACAGAUCAACAAACCAAGGAAAUUAUAAAAAAGGACAUUUCUGAUGGUAAUGAGGAAUAUACUAAUCAAUUACAACAGGAUCACCGAAGACCUAUAACAACCAGUAAGUACUCGUCAUCAUCUAGUAAGAUAUGUUUUAAAUGUGGACUGGGGUUUCCACACAGGGAUAACCAGAAAUGUCCAGCUGUAGAUAAAGAAUGUUACAAGUGUCAUAAAAGGGGGCAUUUUGCUCGUGUAUGUAAAACAACCGGAGGAGCUACUAGUUCAUUCCAGCAUGUUAAUAAGGUUGAUAAACGGCAUUCAUCAACCCACAAAUCAACAAGUAAUUCGAGUAGUGACUCAGACAGCGGUUCAGAACACAUGUUCACAAUUCAACAAGCACAACAAAGUAAGCAUCCCUAUACUACGGUCGGUGUUAAUGGAGUCCCGGUGAAAAUGAUGGUGGACAGUGGUGCCUCUGUUAAUGUUUUUGGUCCUGAGGAUUUCGAACAUUUAAGCAAACAAAGCAAAGAACCAAUAUCAUUCCAAAAACCAACACAAAGAUUCAUGAUUUUGGAGAAAAUAACCCUAUUCCCCUAUUAG